GACUGAGAGAAAACACAAGGCAACAAACACGCACAGCGCAAGCAAGCUCCUCGUUUUCGAGCUCACGCGCUCUCCGCGAGGGGAGCUAGCUUUUUGGGGGGGAUGGAGCCGCUUUCGGGGAAGACGGUGGUGGAUCUCGAGAGGUCGCCGCCGCCGUCGCCGACGCAGUGGACGGUGGGGAUGGCCGGUUCGGGGGGCGGCGGGGCGUCGUCGUCGUCGUCUGCCGAGGUGGCGGCGGCGAUCGCUGCUGCGGAGGCGGCGGCCGAGCCCUGCUCGAUCUGCCUGGACCCCGUGCAGGGCGCCGUCGGCCGGGCCACCGCCAAACUGCACUGCGGCCACGAGUUCCACCUUGACUGCAUUGGAUCAGCGUUCAACGUGAAAGGGGCAAUGCAAUGCCCUAACUGCCGGAAGAUAGAGAAUGGCCGCUGGAUUUUUAAAGACGGGCAUGGUCCAGCUCUUUAUUAUGAUACAAACUGGAUUGAGGGUACAAAUAACUGGGCAAUGAAUGACCUGGUUCCAGAUCCUCCUGGAUUUGAUUCGUUUGAUCCCAGUGAUAUUGAGGGUUUCACAAAUGCAUUUAUGGCAUCCAUGUUUGAGGGUUUGCCCGAAGCUGAGCCAAGUCAGCCACUAUCCAAUCAUAUGUCUGGAAAUCAUUCAGGCGCUGGAAGCAGUUCAAAUGCUUACCCACAACUUUCAGCGCGUGAUUUGCGCCUUCCUGCGCAUGUGCCUUCUAGUGCGAGUUCUGGCGCUGAAGUUGCUUCAUUACAACACAAUCCAACUGGAUUGGAAGGCCGUGCAGCUCCUGCUCCGGGCAAUGCCCAAGCUGUCCAGGCAUCCGAGCCGAGAAAUCCUGAUGGCGAGCACCAAUAUUCUGCACUUUCUGCAUCAGGCUUCCUGAAUCGUGCUAUGGCUUCAUUUGCUGCUGCUAGAGCACCACAAGGAUCAAUUCCAACUAUUAGCAGCCAACAGAGAUCAAGACCAUAUGUUGUACACCAUUAUCCUGUAAUCUACAACUACAGGUUCACACCUCAGCUCAAUGGAAGCAAUCUGGGGGCAGCAGCAUUAGGGUCGGUGCCAACUGCUAUGGCUGAUACUAUAGGCCAUAUUCAUGGUGCAAGCGCACAACUGUACCAGCAGGCGCUGCACUACCAUAUGCAAAGCAACCCGUCCCCUCCUACUAGUACAACCAGAAGGGUCAGGCCGAGGGCUACUGCACUUGAAUCUUUCAUGGCAGCAGCAACAGCAACAGCAGCAGCACAAACCUCAUCCAACACUGGAUAUGCUACCCUUGCCACCAUGAACCCUGCAGCUCUCAACAUGAACCUUUCCAGCUCUAAUGGUGAAGGUCCCUCUUUUAGGCCGCCUGUUGCCCCAUCCAUGGGGUGGGGCCGAGAGGCCGGUUAUCCCGUGGCGCCGGCGGCCGGUGAGACUACUCCUCCUCAAUGGUGGAGUACUUCCGUGAGCUCAUUCCUGAACCUGAACCCAAAUGUGAGCCAGCAAAACCUGAACCUGAACCAUGCUCCUGGACGUCUCACUACUCGAAGAUCUGCUGCUGGUGCUGAGCAGAUGCCGCCGCAGGGUAACCCGGAGAACGGUUGCCCGCCGCCCUCUUCUUCUUCCCAGAGGAGGUCUCCCUCCCAGUGAAUGGCUCAGGUACUCUCCUCAGUGAAAAUAAGGGGAACGCACAUUCUGCGUGCCCUGCCGCACAUUUUGCGGCCGCUGGAACUUGGUUGCCGUCGUACCGCACGUCCUGCGGGUUAAUUGGAACUUUGAACUCCUUGGUUGGUUGUGGUCGUCCUGCCAUAUAUUCUGUGGUGGACCGUGAACUGUUUUACCUGUUUUAUCCGGUGGUCUUGGAACUUGUGUAAGAACCUGUGCGCAUGAUUGGCGCUCUGUUAUUGGUUGACAUUAUUAUUGGA